CCUUGGGAAGUCUGGCCUUCGAGUCUCCUGCCUUGGCCUCGGUACGUGGGUGACGUUUGGGUCCCAGAUCUCAGACGAGAUGGCCGAGAACGUGCUCACGAUCGCUUACGAAAACGGGGUCAACCUCUUUGACACGGCUGAAGUCUACGCUUCUGGCAAAGCAGAAAAAACUUUGGGGAACAUCUUGAAGAGCAAAGGUUGGAGGCGUUCCAGCUACGUCGUCACCACAAAAAUUUACUGGGGAGGCCAGGCUGAGACCGAAAGGGGCUUAUCCCGGAAGCACAUCAUUGAGGGGUUAAAAGGGUCCCUGCAGAGACUCCAACUGGGAUACGUCGACAUCGUCUUUGCUAACCGGAUGGACGCUAACAGCCCCAUGGAAGAGAUUGUCCGAGCCAUGACCUACGUGAUCAACCAGGGGAUGGCCAUGUACUGGGGGACCUCUCGCUGGAGCGCCAUGGAGAUUAUGGAAGCCUAUUCUGUGGCACGACAGUUCAACCUCAUUCCUCCCGUGUGCGAACAGGCAGAAUAUCAUAUGUUCCAGCGGGAAAAGGUGGAGACCCAGCUUCCAGAGCUGUAUCACAAGAUUGGAGUAGGAGCCAUAACUUGGUCUCCGCUGGCGUGUGGGCUUAUCACAGGAAAAUACGAGGAGCGAGUGCCCGAAAACUGCCGGGCUGCCAUGAAGGGGUACCAAUGGCUGAAGGAGAAGCUGCAGAGUGAAGACGGGAAGAAGCAGCAGAGCAAGGUGAAGGAGCUCCAGCCCAUUGCCGAACGCCUGGGGUGCACUGUGGCACAGCUGGCCAUUGCCUGGUGUCUCCGCUCUGAAGGGGUCAGUUCCGUGCUCCUGGGGGUCUCUAGUGCUGAACAGCUCAUUGAGAACCUCGGAUCCAUCCAGGUUCUAACCCAGCUGACCCCACAAGUCGUCCAGGAAAUUGAUGCGCUUCUGGGGAACAAGCCCAACGCCAAGAAGGAGUCCCGGGCGUAGGGACGCAUUGGCGCCCGGGACUGGGCUCGCUUUUGUCCCAUCAGACUGCCCCCUCUCCUGCUCCUCUGUGGAUCCCGUCCCCCCCGCCUGCCUCCCACCAGCUGCUGCCUUGUACGGGGCGGGGUGGGCAAAGAGGAGUUGCUUUGCGCAUGAACCAAAUAUCCGUAUACUUCCAUGGUGGGUGAAGGAGAAGGGUUUCAUCCUGCCCCGUGGCAGCUGCUUAGUCUUGAGUUCAAACUAUGGCAUGAGCAAUCAGCACUAGGGCUUGGCGGGGAGACCCACCGCUUCCCGCUUGGGCUCGAACCCGGGCCGCUUCGCCCUUUUCCAUAUCAGGAGGCCUGGCUUUCUCCAGAGGGGCAGGUAGAUUGUUGGAAGGGGGGCGGCAUAGAGAAAUAAGCACAACCUUGGUAUAAGAGAACCUUGAUUUGUUUUGGUGUAAGAUAACCUUGAUUUAACUGCACCCCCCGUCCCUUGUGUGGAGUCACUCCACCCAUUUCUCUUUGUUUCUCUGGACUGUUUUUCGGGGCUCAGGUUUCUCCCUCCCUUGGGGGUUGUGCCAUGUGGCAAGCAACUUUCCCCAACCAGCUGCCUUUUUUUUGGACAUGCUGGGGCGUCCUGGGGUUGUAGGAACAACACGUGUCCUAAAGGCAUCAGUUGGGGGAGAGCAGCUCAAGGAACACCCCAGAACCAUCACAAUCGCAAUACGGUCCAAAGUUCCCCAAGAUGAACACCAGCACCAUUGUCAGAAAUCCCUAAGAGGCAUUGCCAAAGGGUUAGGCUGGCCUAAAUCAGGACAUAAGUGGGAAAAUCCCACACGUUGUGGAGGAAAAACAGAUCCUUUGGGUUUCCAACCCAUCACUCCUUAAGCCCCAAUUUAAUUCUUCCAGUUUGCAUUUUCAGUUCUUUUGGCCUUCCUUGUUCUUACUUCCAUUACUCACGAAAGUAAUCUGUCCAGCAGAGCCUUGUGAUUCCCCCUUU